AUGGAAGAUAUUAUAAUAACACUUGAACCAGUAUUUCAUCGUAUUGAAAGAUUUCUAUUAUGGCAUAAUCGAUAUGCAAGUUUAUUUGCAUUUAUACUUGGUCAUAGUAUUUUUUAUGCUAUAGCACAUAUUGGUUUAAAACCAUAUUGUGCUAUUACAUUAGUUUUAUUCAUAUUUCAUAUAAUUGAUUGUAUGAGAAAAAAACGUAUAAUUGAUGAAGAAAAAAAUUUAUCUGAAUUAACACAAUUUUUUUUACGUUCAUAUAAAUAUAUAUGUCAUACACAUGAAAAAUUAAAUAUAAUUAAAACAGAAAAUCGUAUGAAAUAUUCAAUAAUUAUUAGUUUUAUUUCUCUUUUACUUGCUUAUAUUGGAAUGAAAAUAAAUGGUUAUUAUGUGUCAUAUUUAGUUAUGUUAAUACUUUUUACAUUACCAGCUAUUGUUUAUCAUAAAAUAAUACCGAAAUUAUUGAAACGUCUAGCUCCUAUACUUGAACAAUUGGACGAAUCAAUGGAAUAUAAACGACGUACAUUAAUUGAUCGCAAAGAUUUAUUAGUUAAAAUAAAAACUCCAGGUUUAAAUGAAAAUGACGACGAUGAUGAUGAAGAUGUUCGAAAACUUAAACAACAACAACAACAACAACAACAAAAACAAAAACAAAUUCAAACAAAAGAUCGUGUAUUAAUCAUAGAUGAUGAUGAUGAUGAUGAUGAUUAUGAUGAAAGCGAACAAAAUCUUACUUCAAUAAAUGAUGAAAAUGAAAUAUUAUACAAUUCUCAAGUAUCAAACCGAACAAAUCCAACUAGUUCAAGUUUUGAUUUGCUUAGUGAUUCAUCAUCAUCAAUAGCUGAUGAUGAAACAAGUCGUAUAAGUGAAUUAUAUGCUAAUGUUGGUAAUAAAAUAGAUGGUAAACAACGUAUAAGAAUUAAAGGUAAUGAAAUAAAAAUACAAGGACGUUCAAAUAAACAACGAUCAAAAAUAAUAGAUGCAAAUUUUUUUCCAUCAAAUAAUACAGAUAUGAAUAUAAGAAAUGCAUGUGGAGAACCAGAUUUAACAAGUUUUGAUUUUCUUAAUGACUAUGAUGAAAAAUCAUAA